UCUCCAAGUUGAUGGAAGAUUAUAGUAUAUAGUAAARGCAAUGGAAAACGAUUGGAAGCAAGACAAAAAUAACGAAACAAAAGGAAAAAAUAUUGAUUAUAAAGACAGCAAAACCGUUGUUAUCAUUAAUGAAAAGAGUUUUGAAUUGGAAGAUGUUCAUGUUCAAAGUUUUCCAUCAAAAGAUCAGUCCAUUGAAGGAAGCAGCCUUGGAUCUGAGAUUGAAUAUGAAAACUUUCACYUCAAAUCAAUGGACAACCAUCAAGAACAACUUGGGGYUAUAUGUAAAAAUGAACAAGUGGGAGAUGAAAAUGGGAAAAGAGAUGAAAGUGGGAAAAUAGAAAAUAGGAAUAAAGAGGAUGAAAAUGGGAAUAACUAYCAAGUUGUUUUGGUCAGUGAUAAGGAUUUGAUUGCAGAGGAAUUUGAUGAUUCACUGAAAGUAGUAGAAAAUGUGAUUUGCAAGAAGCUAUCUGAAGAGAAUGAUGAAAUGAAGGAUGUUUUAGAAAGUCGAAACCAAGAUCUUGAAGAUAUUUCUGACAGAUAUCUUUGUCACAUUUGUGGCAAGGCAUACAAGCAGCCUUCCCACUUGUCUCGGCAUACAAAAUCAGCACACRGCAAAGAUGAUUUUCAUCAAUGUAAUUUUUGCAAUAUGACAUUCACCAGAUCYGAGUCAUUGAUAAGGCAUUUAAAACUYCAUGAGCAAAGAAAAGGUCGAGCAAUGCCCACAAAAGGACCCUAUCAUUGCCCACUUUGCAGCAAAACCUACCAACAGGCAUAUAAUGUAUCCAGGCAUUUAUUAACUCACUCYGGUGUCAAACCAUUUCAAUGYCCUGAAUGYAACAAGACYUUUACACAACACACAGGUUUAUCAMGRCAUUUAGUGCUYCACCGUGGCAGCAGAGACUUUAAGUGUGAUGUGUGYGGRAAAGCUUUUGCAAGACAGUUUGUUCUGACACGACACAAGCUGACGCACACUGAAGACAAGCCAUAUAAGUGCUUUGUUUGUAGUAGGUCAUUUAUCCGUGCUAGUCAGUUAGAAGUGCAUAUUAAUUGUCAUAAGAAGGCCRGCAGGAGUGAUAGCCACAACACAACCAAUGAAUGAUGAAUAACAUGGAUUUGGGGAAGGGKAUGCUAUGAUCGAUUGAAUGCAUACCAUUGAAUGAUUUUGGUGAAGGAUGAAAGGUAAAGAUCAUUUUGAAAGAUCUUUGAGUGCAAUAUAUUAUCACAUAUCACAAAUAAUUAUUUUAUAUAUUAAGACAUUAAAAAAACAUUAUGAAAGAUAAUCAAGAAAAAAAAUGUUUAUAAUAAUUAUUAUUCUCUUGAAUAGACCUGUGUCAAAAAUGAAUGCUCAACAAGAUUGUUAUUUUAAAAGAGACUUUCUUUACAUAUAUAUUUCUUGUAAGACCCUCCACUGAGAGCAAAAAAGUUAACAAAUAUAUAAAUGAAAAAGAAAACUGUUAUAGAGAAUCCAU